AUGUCUCGAGACAGGACGUCGAAGCGGUUUUACCGCGCAGAAUCUACACACGACCUGUUGUCCUAUAUGGAUAAGGGACAAGCAGCCAGCAAUGAGAACCGGUGGACUUUUGAAACAGCUUGGGAGGUUGCUAACAAAGUGGGCGGUAUCUACACUGUAAUCAGGUCGAAAGCCUACGUGUCUACGGAGGAAAUGGGAGAGAAUUACUGUCUACUGGGGCCGUAUAAAGAGCACUGCGCUAGGACUGAGGUAGAGGAGGCGGAUUUCCCUCCCAACUCCCCUCUGACAACUGCUGUUAAUGCCAUGAGGAGCCAAGGGUAUAAGCUUCACACUGGAACCUGGCUGGUCGACGGCAACCCUCAGAUCAUACUCUUCGACAUCGGCUCCGGCGCCUGGCAACUGGACGGGUACAAACAGGAGUUGUGGAAUACUUGCGGUAUCGGCAUACCCCACCUGGACGUCGAAGCUAAUGACUCUGUUAUACUAGGGUUCAUGGUCGCGCAGUUCAUUGGCGAGUUCCGUAAAGCAGCGGAGGGUUACAGCGACACCCCGCCCCGUGUAGUCGCCCACUUCCACGAGUGGCAGGCAGGCGUCGGGCUUAUUAUGCUCAGAGCUCGACACGUGGACGUAGCUACAGUGUUCACAACGCACGCUACCCUCCUCGGACGAUAUUUAUGUGCUGGCAACACUGACUUCUACAAUAAUCUUGAUAAGUUCUCAGUAGACGAGGAGGCAGGCAAGCGUCAGAUCUACCACCGCUACUGCAUGGAGCGCGCCGCUGCACAUAUGACGCAUAUAUUCACCACCGUGUCUGACAUUACUGGCUACGAAGCUGAACAUCUACUGAAACGUAAAGCUGACAUAAUAACACCGAACGGAUUGAAUGUGAAGAAAUUUUCAGCGCUUCAUGAGUUUCAGAACUUACACGCACUCGCCAAAGACAAAAUCAAUGAAUUCGCCAGAGGACACUUUUAUGGUCAUUUCAACUUCGAUUUAGAUAAGACGUUGUACUUCUUCAUCGCUGGCCGCUAUGAGUUCGGUAACAAAGGAGCUGAUAUCUUCAUUGAAGCUUUGGCUAGACUUAACCAUUACUUAAAGUCAUCAGGAUCAGACAUGACAGUAGUGGCGUUCAUGAUCUUCCCAGCGAAGACGAAUAACUUCAAUGUGGAGAGUCUGCGAGGGCAUGCCGUCACCAAGGCACUGAGGGACACCAUCAAUGACAUACAACAGAAGAUCGGGAAGCGAAUGUACGAUAUAUGUUUGAGCGGCCACCUCCCCGACGCGUCGGACCUGCUCCACAAGGAUGACACGGUGCGCCUCAAGCGUUGUAUAUACAGCUUGCAACGAGAUGGCCUGCCUCCCAUCACUACGCAUAAUGUUGUGGACGACUGGAGCGAUCCUGUGUUAAACUCCAUCAGAAGAUGUGAGCUCUUCAACACGGUUAACGAUAAAGUUAAGGUUAUUUUCCAUCCUGAAUUUUUGACAUCAACGAACCCGUUGUUUGGGCUGGACUAUGAAGAAUUUGUUAGAGGAUGCCAUCUUGGAGUGUUCCCAUCUUAUUACGAACCUUGGGGGUACACCCCGGCUGAGUGCACCGUAAUGGGAAUACCCAGUAUUACCACUAAUUUGUCAGGUUUCGGCUGCUUCAUGCAGGAACAUAUAGCGGACCCGAUGUCGUACGGUAUAUACGUCGUGGACCGCCGAUAUAUAUCGCUAGAGGGCUCUGUCCAACAACUUGCGCAGUACAUGUUCGAUUUUACCAAACUAACUCGAAGGCAACGUAUUAUACAGAGAAACAGAACUGAAAGGUUGUCAGAUCUACUCGACUGGAGAAAUUUGGGCAUUUACUACCGGCAGGCGCGCGCUGAGGCCUUAAAGAUAGUGUACCCAGAUUACGUCGACCAUAUGGACCAGGAGCUGGGCAAACGAUUCAACUACCCAAGACCAAUCUCAGAGCCACCCAGCCCUACUCAUUCUAGAGGUACAACCCCGGCCGCAUCAGUCCACGGCUCUGAUGAUGAAGACGAGGUAGAUGAGGAGCAGGAACUAGCAGAAUUGAGGAUCAGUGAUAAAUAA